ACAUGUCUAAUAAUAAAAAUAUUACGAUUGUGCGUUUUAUGAGAUUUUUAUUAUGUUUUAUAUUUUAUUAUAGGCGCGUUGUGCGGUGUUAAAUUAUGAAGUAGAGAUUUAAAGUCAUUACUCAAUUAUUAUUUUUUACGAUGCGAACUCGUAGUAAUUCUGGUGUACGGUUAGAUUACUACCAGAGAAUUGUACAUAAGUUAAUUCUUGACCACCAGCAGCCUGUGACUGGCUUGUUUCCAGCUAGCCCUCAUAACGAUCACGCUUGGAUAAGGGACAAUUUGUAUUGCAUAUUAGCAGUAUGGGGUCUUUCUAUGGCCUUUAAGAAAAUAGCAGAUCAAGAUGAAGAUCGGGCCAAAACUUAUGAGUUGGAACAAAGCUGUGUAAAGCUUAUGAGAGGUCUUCUUAUGGCUAUGAUGCAACAAAAAGAAAAAGUUGAGAAAUUUAAGAGUACCCAAAAUCCAUUAGAUUCUCUUCAUGCUAAAUAUUCUUCAAUCACGGGUCGUAAUGUUGUUACAGACACAGAAUGGGGUCAUUUGCAAAUUGAUGCCAUUUCCCUUUACCUCCUUGUCCUAGCACAAAUGACAGCAUCUGGGCUGCAAAUUGUAUUUUCACUUGAUGAAGUAGCCUUCAUUCAAAACUUAGUUUUUUAUAUUGAAUCAGCUUAUUGUACACCUGAUUAUGGAAUUUGGGAAAGGGGUGAUAAAACAAAUCAUGGUCUCCCUGAACUGAAUGCUAGUUCGAUUGGAAUGGCUAAAGCAGCAUUGGAGGCAAUGAAUGAGUUGGAUUUGUUUGGAGCUCGAGGUGGUCCAUCUAGUGUGAUUCACGUUUUAGCAGAUGAAGCGCAAAAAUGUCAGGCAGUAUUGCAAUCCAUGCUGCCUAGAGAAUCUAAUAGUAAAGAAUUAGAUUCAGGGCUUCUCUCCAUUAUAAGCUAUCCAGCAUUUGCUGUUGAUGACCCAUAUUUAAUAGCAAAAACAAGGGAAACUAUUGUAACUAAAUUGCAAGGGAAAUAUGGCUGCAAAAGAUUUCUGAGAGAUGGCCAUAAAACACCUAGAGAAGAUCCUAAUAGACUUUAUUAUGAGCCUUGGGAAUUGAGAAUGUUUGAAAACAUUGAGUGUGAAUGGCCCCUGUUUUUCUGUUAUUUAAUAAUGGACUAUUGCUUCCAAGGUGAUAAAAAUAAUGUCUCUGAAUAUAUGCAAAAGUUAGAAAUGAUUAUGAUAAGAAAGGAUGAAGGUAUGAAGCUGGUGCCAGAGUUGUAUUCUGUGCCAGCAGAUAAGGCACAUUUGGAGCAAAGUGAGCCUGGCAGUCAGGAAAGGAUUCCUCUUGGGAGGUGUCCGUUCAUUUGGGCUCAAUCAUUAUAUAUUCUUGGAAAACUGUUACAGGAAGGUUUUCUUGCCGUCGGCGAGUUGGAUCCAUUGAACAGAAGGUUAUGUUCAGAAAAAAAACCAGACGUUGUAGUGCAAAUAGUCAUAUUGGCUGAGGAUAAUGAGAUCAGAGACAAGUUAAUGGAGUAUGACCUACACGUUCAAACCAUUAAUGAAGUAGCUCCCAUUGAAGUCCAGCCAGCGAGAGUGCUGAGUCAUCUUUAUACUUACUUAGGUAGAAACAAAAAGUUGGGUUUGUCGGGAAGAAAAUCGCGGGACGUGGGAAUAUUAAGUACGAGCAAGCUUUAUUCACUCAACGAUAGAAUCUUUGCUUUCACGCCUCAGUUCUCUGAUAUGAAGCGUUUCUACAUAGCGUCUGACUAUGAACUGAUGGUAGACAUGCUCAAAUCAGAAAUUUAUUUCUUGAAGUCCUCGUGGCAAAAUCUACUGGGAAGGCCUCUUAUCGUAUUAACUUUGAAUCAAAUGAAUUUAGACCACGGUAAAAUUCCAAUGGCCAUGAUUACAACUAUGAAGAAGUUGAAGUCCGGUUACAUUAACGGUACGAGAGUGACUCUCGGUAACCUCGGGGACUUUUUAAGCACUUCGGCCAUAACCAAUUUGAGUUUUCUGGGAAGCCAGGAGGACGGCUAUCCUGACAAACUGAAUCCGCAAGUACAAAGCUACUUGGAGGAACAUCUAUUGAAGUCCUUCAGCAAUAAGUUCAAUUUCUUGUCGAAACCGACCGCACCGCGAGGUCGCACUCUGAGGAGACGGAUGUCAGUCAGGGGCGCCAUCAAGAAGACGAGGUCUAUCAAUGUCGAUUCGGAGACUUUGGGAAUGGAAGGAGAAAACGUCGGUCCGCAACAAGGAAUUCUCGAACGGAAACCUUCGUGGCUGGAAGUGGAUCCCAUGUUCGGACGCAGCCCCUCACCGGAGGACCCCAAGAGGAGAGCCUUUUCCAAGGGCACGUCCACCACCAGCUUAGCGGUGACUCCCACUAUCGAGAUCACCAAAGAGAGUUCUCCGUCGCCACCCAAAGACGAAGCCACCAACAAGAGCGUGGUGGUGCGCAAUCGCACGGCCUCCGAAAACCAGAACUUGAUUUACGCGGAGCAGGAGACGGACGAGCUCAUCGGCAUGCUGCGGGAGACCGAGAGCUUGGACGAGCAAGGGGACAUCCUUCAGUACCUUGUCGACACCCACGGCCUCGACUUCGGCACCGGGGUUCUCGAAAACGGCAAAAGCGUGACGGUGAAGGACCUCCUGAAGAUCCUGUACGAGAAGGCCUGUUCGCAAAAGCUGUGGGGCCUGGUGCGGCACUCGGCGGGGAUGUUGGGGAAGCGGGUGGAGGACCUGGCCAAGGCCGUCACCGAUCUGCUGGUUCGGCAGAAGCAGAUAACGGUGGGAAUGCCUCCCAACAACGAGUACACCAUCACCGCGCCGCUCCCCGAAAACGAACUGCGGCAGCUCAUCCACUGCGCUUACGGCGACGACGAGAGCACGGCGAUGCUGACGCAAGAGCUGCUCGUCUACUUGGCCAUGUUCAUUCGCACGGAGCCGCAGCUGUUCCUGGAGAUGCUGCGGCUGAGGGUGGGGCUCAUCAUCCAGGUGAUGGCGACAGAACUGUCGCGAACCCUCUCCUGCGACGGCGAAGAGGCGUCGGAACACCUCCUCAACCUGUCGCCGUUCGAGAUGAAGAAUCUCCUCUAUCACAUCCUGAGCGGGAAGGAGUUUGCGAUUAACAGCGCAAACUCAGUGUUCGGUAUACCGCUAAAGUUUAGGAAGCAAGGACGCGGUAACUUCUCUAUUGUGAGCAACAAAUCGACUCGCUACGGAAAGAAGUCACAAAUCGUGCUCGAAGGACAGACCAUUCAAGGCAUCGAAGACGCUCCGGCGGCGGAGCCGGAUCGGCAAGGGCAGUGGCUGAGACGUCGGCGCUUGGACGGAGCCCUCAAUCGAGUGCCGAGAGAUUUCUAUCCGAGGGUGUGGGGCGUCUUGGAGAAGUGCCAGGGUCUCGUCAUCCAGGGGAAGACGCUUCAACCGAACUUGACCCAAGAGAUGACGCCCGGAGAGUUGAAGUUCGCGUUGGCCGUCGAGACGGUGCUCAAUUCGAUCCCUCAACCCGAGUACCGGCAGUUGGUGGUGGAGGCGCUCAUGGUCCUGACCCUCAUCGUGGAAUACAAAACGAUCGACAACUUGGGAGGAACGAUCACCGUGGAGCAUUUGGUGCACAAGGCGAAUCAGAUAUUUUUGGAAGAUCAGAUGCGUUGUAACGGCGACGCCACCCUGUGCUGUGCGAAGCCCGAGUGGGGGGGAGGAGGGCAGGUGUGCGGCGGGGCGGCGGGGGUGUGCCAGCUGCUGUACGACAGCGCCCCCAGCGGGAGCUACGGCACCAUGACGUACCUGGCCCGCAGUGUCGCGAGCCUGCUGGCCGACAGGAUGCCGCACGACACGCCCAUCGAGUGCACCGUCACGUAACUGGCAAAACUGUUUUAACUAAAUUUCAGUUUUGUAACAUUGCGGGUAGCUACGUAUUAUGUGUAUAAAAAUUUGUAGUAUUGUUUUAUAUAAAAAGCAAACAUUUCACUUACGAUGUAUACGAUCAUACUGGUUUUAUAUAAUUGUUACUUGAGAAGUUACUUGAUUUACUGGUUCUACUUAAAAAACUUAUAAUUAAACAAAAAUUUAGAUUUUCAAUAUAACAAUACAACUUUGGUCGUCACAUUUGAUGUUGCUGAAACUUUAUUGUCUAUAUUUUAUGUUAUCAAGGCCCGUAGCAAUGGAAUCUGAGAGCAGAAGUAAAAAAAUGAAUUGUGAACCCAACUUCUCUGACCAAUCGAAAAGUUUUCUCUCCAAUGUUUAUGUAUUUGUUCAGUAUUGUUGAAAUGCUCUUUGAAAUUAAAUUACACUUGGAAUGAGCAGUUAUUGCUAAACAGUCAUAAUUUGUUGAAGUUAUAAAAAAUGUUUUAUAGAAUUUGCUAAUCUUAUUCAUAUAUUAUAUAUUUAAGAAACGUUUACUUGCCCCCUUGUGUUAUUUCUUUUGUAGAUUUAGAAUUAAUAUGAAAAAAUACAUGUAACGGUUACAGGAAACUUCAUUUCAAUAUAAUAAGAGAUUAUAUAAAAAUCCUCUAUUAAACAUAAAUUGUUCUCGCAAGAACUUUUAAAAGUGUCAUGAUAUAGUUUACCUCGAUUUUUUUCACUGAAUUUCAUGUAAUUGUUCUCAUUUGACUCUAUUUAAAUAUCCUUUGAAAAAAUAAAUAU